AUCUAGAGAUCGGGUUAGCCUUCUAAGUGGGGAUUCCUUUAAAAAAAAGAUAUAUAUGAAUGGGAUAACAAAAAUCGCGAGAACUUGAAUCGUGCUCCAGUUGCGCGCACGCACGGUUCAGUUAAGCCAACUUUGUGCAGCGUAUAGCCCGGUCCACCGAUCGUCCUCAAUCCGCGCGAGGGAGGCUGGAUGUGUGGCACGAGACGGGUCACUGAGCGCGCAGCGACACGGGAGCGAGUUUCCACAGCGAACCCCCAAACUCUCCGAUGUCCCCGAACAGGAUGAUGCUCGUUGGACUCCUGCUCAGCGUCUUCUCGGCGGCGGGUCGCGUGUCUGCCUCCUUGGACUGCCUGGCGGCGGAGCAGGGGUGCAUUCAGGAGCAGUCGUGCACGGCGCUCUACCGGCUGCUGGAGUACUGCGCCGCCGAGGAGGCCGUGUCGCCACUCGGCCGGGACGCCCGCUCCGAGUGCCUGGAGGCCCAGAAUGCCUUGCAGCAGCACCGCCCGCUCCGGGUCUGCAAAUGCCAGCGCGGCUCACGCAGAGAGGAACAAUGCCUCAGGGUCUACUGGACCGUGAGGUUCGCAGCGUACGAUGAGUACGAGGUUUCUCCGUAUGAAGAGCUGGAGGUGAACCUGAGGAACAUGGAGAUGUCCCGCAUGGCCUCCAUCAUGUCAGCCGCCUCCCUCUCGGCGGACGGACAGAACCAGUGCCUGAAGGCGGCUCAGGACUGCGGCCUGUUCGAGAAGUGCGGCUCGCUGCGGUCGGAGUACGUGGUCGCCUGCACCAAGCGCUCCGCGGCGUCCGACAACGCCUGCAACCGGCAGAAGUGCCACAAGGCGCUGCGGCGCUUCCUGGAGCGCGUGCCCGAGGAGUACAGCGUCGCGCUGCUCUUCUGCCCGUGCUCCGACACGCUGUGCGGCGAGCGGCGCCGCAAGACCAUCGUGCCGUCGUGCUCCUACGAGGAGAAGGUGGGCAAGCCCAACUGCCUGAGCCUGCAGAACUACUGCUCCAGAGACGAGCUGUGCAGAUCCCGACUCGCUGAUUUCCAACACAACUGCCAGCCGUCCCCUCAGUCUGCCUCCGGCUGUGUGCGAGACAGCAGAGCCAUGUGCCUGAAGGCCUACGCUGGACUCAUCGGCACCAUCAUGACCCCCAACUACGUGAGCAACAGCAGCACCGAGGUGUCUCAGUGGUGCACAUGUGAGGGCAGCGGGAACCAAUGGCAGGGCUGCCAGCGCAUCCUGCACCUGUUCAGCAGCAACGCCUGUCUGCGCAGCGGCAUCAGCUCCAUGGGGUUCUCUGCACCUCCUCCUCCCGUGGAGAACACCCCCGCGCCGGCUCCCCAGCCCUCCUCCCCGACGGCCCGCCCGGAGGAGAGGGGCCACUUUGAAACCAUCCCAGAAUUCGACAGCAUGGAGGACAGCGACGAAGAGGAGCGCGAGGAUGAAGAGAGCGACGAAUUCGACAUCAUGCCGCCGUUCUCCGAGAAGGACUCCAGCGCCGAGUCCGGGGCGAGGGGCAGCGGAGCGGCCGGCCGCGCCGCGCCGGUGAUGACACUAAUGCUGCUGCCGACGCUCCUCCUGGACCGGGAGCGCUGGAGCUACUGAAGCCUCCUCCUCCUCCGUCUCCCCCCCCUCCCCUCCUCCCGCCCGCUCUCAUCAUACUCUUUCAAAAACCCAUCACUGCACUCAGAACGAGCCACAAAGGACAUUUGCGAGGAGGAAAAUGCUCAAUUUUCCUUUCAUUUUCUUUCAU